CUCUCAUCGGAGACCGAUGUGAAGGCACAUUGCGCCGGUGAAGUACGUGCUCCCCUAGCGCUCUUCAUCCCAGAGCUCUGCUGAACAUGUCCAUUCACAUUGUGGGGCUGGGCAGUGAGAGCCCUGGUGGGGUAGGUUCCGGGGAGGAUGUCACUGGACAGGCCCAGAUGCAGGGGGGGCUACUCUGGAGCUACCUUGGCCACAGUGCUGUGCCUGGACAUGGGGGCAUGGAUGGCACUCUUCCGGGCCGGCAUGCCCUCAACCCUGCCUUCAUGGAGUACCAGUCACGUGUGUUUGGAGACGUCCGGGUCAUGGUGCAGGACUGCCCAAGCUGGGAUCUGUUGGACAGCGACUGGGCGAGUGUGCGGAGUGUGCUGGAACAGGCCGACAUUGUGGUCAUUAAGUACUCCGUCAAUGACAAGCUGGCGUUUCAACAGGUGCGAAAUGUAUAUUCCCCCAGACUCCGCCCACUCCUGCGUCACUGGGGCAUGCCUGUCAUCCUGGUGGCGGUGGGGGCGCGUCUUAACGACGAGGGGCCUCCGUGCACAUGUCCUCUGUGUGCGUCCGACUGGAGCAGCUGUGUUCCCCACAGCGAGGGCCUCCAGCUGUCCCGGGACCUGGGAGCCACCUACCUGGAGCUGCCCUCGCUCAACAACUUCUUCGUGGGCCGCUACUUCGGCAGCGUGCUGGAGUACUUCAUGAUCCAGUGUUUGAAGCAGAAGGCCAAAGAGCGCCCUGACAAACGGCGUGGCUACAGGAUGAACGAGCCCCGCCCUCCACAUCUGGACCAGCCAGCCCGUCUGCCCCCGGUGCGGGUGGAGGAGUCCACCUUCCCUCAAGACCUGCAGUGGCUGCUGGAGCGUGGCGUGCAGUUCGCCGACGUGGCCUUCUACGCCGGCGACUCGGGCAAGGAGCUUGGCUGGGCGCAUGCCGCCGUCCUCUGCGCCGUCAGCCCCUACUUCCGGCAGCUUCUGGUGGGCCGGCAGGCAAUGGAGCGGCCCGUGUCCCGAUGCGCCUGCCGGGAGCGCGAGGGCGCCCCCCACUCGCUGCUCUCCACCUGGGACGGGGGCCUGGAGGAAGGGCCGCCCCGCACGGAGGGCAGCCCCCCGGGGCGCCUGUCCCGCCUCGUGGUCAAGGACCCGCUGCUGUGCGUGUGUCUGUGGGAGACGCUGAUGUUUCUGUACAGAGGUGCAUGGGAGUGGGAGUACUUGGAGGAGGCCGUGGCGGAGAAGCUGAAGAGUCCCCUGGCCGUGGCCCAGCUCAUGGAGAGAGUGCGCUCCUUCCUGGGCAAAGAAAAGUGCCCAAGGGACACGCCCACCUCUCGACAACCAGGACCGCAGACGCUGGGAAACAUUUUCAACUCGCCCCUCUACUCCGACGUCAUCUUCAUGGUGCAAGGAAGUGUGCUACCGGCUCACCGGUCAGUGCUAGUGGCCCGCUGUGACGUCAUGGCGGCCAUGUUUAGCGGCAAGUACGCGGAGGCCAGGAGCCGCGUGGUGCCCAUCCACGGCGUCUCCUCCGACACCUUCCUCUCCUUCCUGGAGUACCUCUACACGGACACCUGUUGUCCAGCCAGUGUUCUGCAGGCGAUGGCGGUGCUGGUGUGUGCGGAGAUGUACCAGGUGAAACGCCUACAGCACCUGUGCGAGGUGUGUGUGUGCGCCUACCUACAGAGCAUGCCCAGUAGAGAGCUGGCAUCCACAGGGAUCAGCAUCAUACGGCUGCUCAGGAGAGCAAAGUGUCACAAUGCUGACCAGCUUUAUGUUUGGCUCCUGCACUUCAUUGCAAAUAACUACCUGAUCUUCAGCCAUAAACCGGACUUCAUCGAGCUAACAGACGAGGAGCGGGAGCACGUGGAGAGGCUGCGCUGGCCGUCGCGAGGCUACCUGCAGGAGCUGAAUGAGUACCAGCAGCGCCGGCGGCAGCUGCGCAAGUCCCGUUGCAACCUCAUGUGA